AUGGAGGAUAUAUUCAUGAGCCUCGAAUGUCAACGGGUCACGGUCAUACGAAUUCGAGCGCCACCCUGGCUGGCACGCGCCUCCGGAGUGCUACUUGUCGCAGGUGUCGGCUCGUACUGCGCAUAUCGAAUAUGUACGAGAUAUCUGGGACGCCGGUUCGUCUGGAUGUUAAUGGACUCGGGUCGGUUCGAUCAGGUACCGACCGCCGAUCUGCGCCAUCUACAUCCAUCUCAUGUAGAAGUCGAGGAGCUCGAUAGCGAUGACGAGGGCGACAAGAACAGUGAGAGCGAAUGGCUAUCACGAGUUAGUGUCAGUCGACCGGCCAGCGAGAUGUCACUCAACCGAUUGCAACGAGUCCGAAGAUCGGUCCGAGCCAACGGGCUGCUAGGGCUGCAGGCUCGAACCCCGCGCAGCGGUGUUCUGAGAAGAGAAGGAGCAUCGGUGGCAGGAAGUAGUCGUAGCAAGCGCGAUAACUCGCCGUCAAUCGGCUCGGAAUGCUCGGCAUCACUCCAAAUAGUGUGGGAAGAUAAUGGGCAGCAAUGGGAUGAUGAAUUUGCGCAUGAUGCUCAAACUUCACAAGCGGGACAUCCUCGACAUCCGGUUCACAGUCGUCUGUUGGCGCUUGAUGCGGAGAGCUACGGCGAUUUAUGCUCGGUUUUUGAUGAUGUGCUAUCGAUGACAACUCGUGAAGACCAAAUCGAUGCACAACAUGAUUGGGCUGAAGCGGAUUUCCGGGAAAACGACGCGGAACAGGAGACACCAAGAAGAAGAAUCCCUUCGGAAGCAAUGAGUGCUAUCGAUCCGUCAAAUGAGGUUCUUCAAAAGUGUAUGACGGACAGCAAAUAUAUGUACCAACAAGUCAUGCUCGGCAGUGAAUUCGACAACUCCUCCGAAUGCGGCUCCGUAAUCUCUGGGCGCAGCAAAUUCAGCACCAAGAAUUUCAAAAAGCUCUUCCCACAGUCCAAUACACAAGGCCUUUGGAAUCUGGCAGACUCGAAAAACUGCGUGGUGCCAGAUGAUACGCCGACAUCUUCACACGAUCCCAUGACAGAUUCUGGACUUAGCAGCGGGUUACGGUCAACUGAAGGGAUAAGCCAAAUGGGCAAAUCGUUGUUCGAUUCGGCGAUCGGUGGCGACAUUUUCUCCAGCGAAGAGGAUCUGCGGAAUGCCGACAAACCCGAAAAUGACAGGGAGCGAAUACGAAGCCAAGUGGUGAGCAAAGUGGAGGCUGGGCAAUUUUCAUCGAAUAUGUCGGUGGCGAGUUUGGAAUGGUUCGAUGAUGACGCGUUAAGAGAAGAGAUAGAUCAGCCGAAUGUGAGCGCUCUAACCGGUCCAGCAGCCGUCGCUUCUCGAGUUCCGGUGGGCGGCCAAGAAUGGGAUUUUGAAUCGAAAAGUGGCUCUAGCAAGGCAUUGUCCAGUGAACCUGGGCUGAUCGCCCGUGAUAUCCGUACGUCUCGACGACCACAGAAAAGCCGUGAUACGAUGGUGUUUGCAUGUGAAAAGCUACAGCUUCAUUCGAGGGUUUUUAAGAAAAUCCAGUCUCUCUACACCCGCCAGCACCUGCGGCGAAUUGGGGAGAAGUGCCUGACGACGGAAGACUUCUUGGCGUCGUUCCUCUCCUCAUCCAUCUACCAUAACCUGCCAGCCCUCAACAAGCUAACGGCGGUUUCGCUCAACAAGCUUCUCGCCACGGCUCUCCAGCGCUACAACGUCCUGCAGCGCUUCUCAGAUGCCGGCCAGCGACUCGAGCAAUUUUGCAAAUUUGUCUCCGAUACUUCAACACCAUCAACUUCAGUGGAAGAGAAUGUAGAAAGUCUUCGCCUGAUACUACUCCUCCACUCCAUCGAACUCUGGGAGUCAGACGGUCCGGAUGUAUCGUGGUGGCCGGCUGAACACCCCGGCGAAUCGGUCGACAGGCUUUGGAGCCACCGUUUUGAUCAGGGUCUCGUCCACCUCAUCUCCUGGGUGUUCCGAUGCCGGUUCGAAGUGCUUGAAAACGGCACUCGCGCCUCGUCCCCGGUCGACGAGAAAAAGCCAGUGAUUCUACGCAUUGGUGACCCCUCACACCCCUCCCUCAAUUAUCUGCUACAUCAAUCCGCCUUCUACCCGCUAUAUAUUGUGCCUGAACAAGCA